AUGGCUUGUGUUUACGGCUGCGAACGCUUUUACCACUUCGUGUAUGGCCGAAACGUUAUCUUAGAGACCGACCAUCACCCUUUGCUCGCUAUCGCCCAAAAACCCAUUGGUGAUGUGCCGCCCCGCCUGCAACGAUUCUUCCUGCGAUUGAUGCGCUAUGACACAGAAAUGCGAUUCGUUCCAGGAAAGCAGCUUCUACUGGCCGACAUGCUGUCGCGGGCGCCCACCUCAAGUUAUGCCAGUGAUGUCGGGAGCGAUGAUGUGGAAGUGCACGCCGCAAGUGUCGUUUCAUCUCUUGUCAGUGAUGACACGUGGAAACAACUAGCAGCAGAAACGAGUCGGGACUCGUAUCUUAAAGCUGUGCUGCACAGUUUAGAACACGGGUUACGCAUAGAGAGACAGCUGAACCCAUUCUCUACAGAGCUGACGCAGGUGAAAGGUGUCCUCUUGGAAGGAUGUGAAGUGGUGAUUCCGAACAGUUUGAGGAAAGACACUUUAGAAAGAAUUCACCAAGGACACAUGGGCAUCAACAAAUGCAAGGAAAGGGCAAGGCGACUUGUAUUUUGGCCCGGCAUUAACGCCGACAUUGGUGCAUUCGUGCCGAUAUGUGCAGUGCGCAAUAAGUACGCGUAUACUCAGCCGCAAGAACCUUUAAUGAUGCGCCCGGUGCUCGAGAUGCCAUGGCAGAAAGUUGGCAUUGAUAUCUUUGAGUACGGUGGACGGUCGCACUUCAGCGUAUACGACGCGCUGUCAAAUUUUCCGGAAGUGGAGCAGUUGCGUGACACAUCGGCGAGCUCUGUAAUUCAGGCAACUAGCGCCAUAUUUUCUAGGUACGGCAUUCCACUGGAAGUUCUGACAAAUAUUGGCCCGCAAUUUUCGUGUCACGAGUUCAGGUCCUUUUCGAGGGCAUACGACUACAGACACAUCACACCCAGUCCAGGAUAUCCACAAUCGAAUGGUUUGGCUAAGAAAGGCGUCCGGGUCAUCAAGAGAAUCCUGAAAAAAACGCAUGAAGCAAAGCAAGAUUUCUGGCUGGGUCUUCUUGCUUACAGGACAACGCCACUGGAGUGCGGCAUGGUCCCACCCAGCGGAGAUAUUGCAAGGCAGAAGACUGCGCAACACCCUGCCGGACAUGGAGACCAGACCUGA